GUUAUGUCACUAUUUUGUCCCCCCAUCUCGUUAGGCAAGCUAAGCACGCACGGCUGAGUGAUUUCAGGCCCAUUUGCAACCAGUUACUGAUUGCGGUACCGGUGUGUUGACUCAACCGAUGAGACAAAUACACCCGCUCCGUAUUGCCAGUCAAGAGGCUGACUCGUGGCGAGCACUUGAUAGGCCGAGCGCUACGUUGGAUCCCACCUAUGACAGCAUGAGAGUUUCUCUGCGGACCCGAGGUGAAACUCAUCUUCUGCAUGAUCUGCCAGGUCAAAAGCUCGUGUUAUCAUGGUACUAACUAAAGUCCUGGUACCCGCUUCGCAAAAGCAGUACAGAUGGCUGAAACUUCGGGCCGUCAGGAAAAAUGUAUUUUUCCGAUAUCGCGUUUGCCAGGCAAACUCCUCCUUGUCAUUUUUCAGGCCGUCGUAGACGACACAUACAGCCUCGACAACAAGCUGGGCCUCGAUUACGUGACACUUGCAGGUGUUUGUCGUGCAUGGCGGUCACUUGUUCUCAGUACCACUCGUUUCUGGACACGCCUGCAUAUAUUGAUAGGGCAAAGGCCUGGUGCCUUUUUCAGGAAACAUCUCGAAAGAUGCGUGAAGAGAUCUGCGAAUGAGCUGGUUGAUGUUGUCCUAUACGUUGCACGACCUCGCCAAUAUAACCCGUCGGUCAACAGCCAGGCAAUUAUGGUCCGUAACCAAGCCAAGUUGUGUCUCGAAAUUUUGCGGGAGUGCAGCUACAGAUGGAGGAGCCUCAGAAUCAUCAAGGAGGAGUCCCAUAACACAGACCUUUUCAACUUUGUGUUGUCGGAGCUGGGCCUUCCUCACGCGCCUGCAUUGAAGAUGGUCGAGAUUAUCUGUCACAAUCGUCAGCUGGUCACUUUUGUGAAAAAAUCCUUUCAGUUUCUGUCCAGCACAUACACUCCUUCGCUGAAGACGCUGACAUUGGAGGGAUGUGAUCCGAGCAUAUUAGAUUGGCACUUCGACGCAUCGUCCCUGACACAUCUCAGCCUUAGCAAAUGCAGCUAUAUUCCAAACAGUCUUGCGAUUUUACGCAACCUCCUGUCAUCUGCACGAAAUCUCGUGUCUCUCGAGUUGCACCAGCGCGUCGUGGGGCAUGCAGAGAUGGACGAUAUACUGUGCCCCGUCACGCUCCCCAUUCUCCAAACCCUCAGCAUCAUGAUGGGCACAGAGAAGCCAGCCUAUCUCAGCAACAUCCUCAGGACCAUCGCUGCACCAGAGCUACACAAUCUCGCAGUCUAUGGUGACUCACUAGCAUCAUGGAAGGAAGACGAUCUCCCGGACUUCUCCUCACCAGCACUCUUCCUGCGGCAAGACCAGACACCGAAAUUCCCGUCCGUGCGCAAGCUGACGAUGAAGAAUAUACUGCAGUCGAUCAGUGGCCCCGGGAAGAGCAUAUGCUCUAUCUUUACCGCGUUCCCUCAUGUGACAGAAGUGGUGCUUGACCACGAUGUCCGGGAGAUUGCUGAGCAACUUGCAUUGGGAUCGUACGACAAGAAAGCACUUCCGUUAUGGACGUGCCUACGGCAGCUGACAAUUGAAAUGGCCCCCAUGACGAAAUUCUACUAUCUCCCGCAGCUCUCCGAGUGGCUGCGUCUCCGGCGUAUGAGAGGGCAGUCCCUGCCCGUAGUCGUCAUUCGCUACGAGCUUCAACGCACAGAAGUGAUGGGGGAUGCAAGAGAUUUGACGGCGAUUAGAAGAAUUGUGAACGAUGUAACAGGGUACCGCGCAUCUGAUAGGAGGGAGGUGGUUAAGCAGCUUGGAAAGCUGGGUGCGUUAGUGGAUCUGAGGGUCGAAUCGUAGACCGAGUAGUCACAAGCCUUUAUCGGUAUACAGUUCCCCUCCAUGUAAAACGCAAAGCAUCAUGGAGGAUAAAACGCAGGUACUGGUAACCAGGCCGUUGCCAGGCGGCGCUGGCGGCCGUUCUACCACCGAAAGUUUGUGUUUUGAAUUUUCUGUCUCCGGACUCACACAACAUCCAUCUUCAAAAUCGAGAGCGUAUGAAGUAGCAUCCUCAACGCCUACAGUACCGUGGAAUGGCCUAGUAGUCGCAGAUAGACUCGGGUACAGCCAGUUUUAGGAGGAAUCAGCCGCCGUCACGAUGUAAUAAGACUUC